UGUCACCCGAGCAGCCGCUGCCGCGCGCUGGCCAAGACGCAUCUGAAACAAAAUCUUUAGCUUUGCGCUCCAAAACAAACGGACUGACACCUUCAACAGCGAUACAAUAUACCCAAACCCCGGAGCCGCUGCGCGGACACUGAAAAAGAACCAGCGAAACAAUGUUGUUUUGAACUGUCUUUUUGCUCUGAGAGUGAAUCUUGGUUUGUUUAUCUUUUCGUAGUUUGUCAGGCAAUGGUCGCGAGGAUCUUUUUGGAGAGGGCGCUGCGCGUGUGCGCGAGGGCUCAAUAAACACACAGACGUCUCAAGUGUCUGGUGCGCGCUAAUGAAUAGACUUCACUGAAUGGAUUUUUAUAUUUAGAGCUUUAAUGCGCCUCUUCUCCCAACGGGAAAUAGUGGACCGCGAGGCAGAAACGAACGCGCUCGGCAAACCCCGCGGCAUGGCAUUUUUAUGGCAUUUAAAGCGCUAAAAAAACAAACGGACAGCUCGGGCAGGAUACGCCGACCGCUUUUUAUGUGCUUUCUAACGGUUUUCGGCGCGCUAACGCGGUGUAAACUCCGGCCGGUCACAAAAUGAUGGCUGGCGGGGCAGUUCAGCAGAACGGGAUCUUCUCUACUCCUCAGCACCUCUCACAGUCGCCACACAUGGACCCAGAUCUCUCCGAUUCCCGAAAGCGACCCCUGGAAACACCGACCGAGGCGAGCAGCACCAAGCGCUCCAACACCGGAGAGGAGGGAGAAUAUUUCCUGAAGGUGUUGAUUCCCAGCUAUGCCGCUGGUUCAAUCAUCGGUAAAGGGGGGCAAACCAUCGUCCAGCUUCAGAAAGAGACUGGAGCUACCAUCAAACUGUCCAAAUCUAAAGACUUCUACCCAGGUACGACAGAGCGUGUUUGUUUGAUUCAAGGUACGGUGGAAGCUCUGAAUGGAGUUCAUAACUUCAUCGCUGAAAAGGUUCGCGAGAUGCCUCAGAGCAGUCAGAAGACCGAACCAGUCAGCAUUCUCCAGCCACAGACUACUGUUAACCCUGACCGGGUUAAACAGGCUAAACUGAUCGUGCCCAACAGCACAGCAGGACUCAUCAUCGGUAAGGGUGGGGCAACAGUUAAGGCUGUGAUGGAGCAGUCAGGAGCCUGGGUACAGCUUUCUCAGAAGCCUGAGGGCAUCAAUCUGCAGGAGCGUGUCGUGACAGUGAGUGGGGAGCCAGAGCAAAACCGCAAGGCCGUGGAGAUCAUUGUUCAGAAGAUUCAGGAGGACCCACAGAGCAGCAGCUGUCUCAAUAUCAGUUACUCCAACAUCACAGGCCCAGUGGCCAACUCCAACCCGACCGGAUCCCCCUUCGCCAACUCUACAGAGGUGUUACCCAACGCCGCAGCGGCAGCUACAGCCUCCACACUCCUUGGUCAGGCAGGACUUGCGGGCAUGGGUGGGUUUCCUGCCGCAAUGUCAAGUCUUUCCGGUAAUGAUCUGCUCGCCAUUACAUCUGCUCUGAACACUCUGGCCAGUUAUGGCUACAAUACCAAUACACUGGGUCUUGGCCUCAACCCGGCUGCUGCAUCCGGAGUGCUGGCUGCUGUUGCGGCUAGCGCCAAUCCAGCGGCUGCGGCAGCUGCCAAUCUGCUUGCUACAUACGCCAGCGAGGCCUCUGGAAGGGGCGGUCACCCUGCCGCACCUAGUUUAGGGGGCUUCUCAUUGGGCUCCCUAGCUGCCGCCACAGGGGCAUCUAACGGUUACCUGAAUCCCUCAUCCCCGCUGGUGGCAUCAUCUCUGCUGGGCACAGAGAAGCUAGCAGAAGGUGGGAAGGAAGUGGUGGAGAUCGCUGUUCCUGAGAACUUGGUCGGUGCCAUCUUGGGAAAAGGCGGCAAGACUCUCGUGGAGUAUCAGGAGCUGACAGGUGCGCGAAUUCAGAUCUCCAAAAAGGGAGAGUUCAUUCCAGGCACACGCAAUCGAAAGGUGACCAUUACAGGGUCGCCGGCUGCAACGCAGGCCGCCCAGUAUCUCAUCAGCCAGCGAAUCACAUACGAGCAAGGCGUCCGUGCCACCAACCCUCAGAAGGUGGGCUAGGGAUGGACAGGAGUGGGGAGGGGAACAACGAAAGCGAAGGAAACCAGAGAGAAUGAAGAGGUGACUGAAUGAAUGAAAUUGAGAGAGAAUGGGAUGGGUUGGAGCAAGUAACAUGUCCAAAUAUUUAAAACAAAAUAAGGACAAUUACAAAACAAAUGAAAAAAGUUCUGAUGGAACUGUGGAUAGAUAAUCUGUUUGGGGAGAAAUGUGAUAUUUUGUGACUGAAAUUCUGCUGUAUUUUUAAAGUUGUGUUACGUUGUGUAGGUCCGAGUAUCGUGCCCUGGGGCACUCAGAGGAGGAGGAGAUUAAACCUCACUUCCUCUCUCUUAGCCAGGGUCUUUUUGAUUCUAUGUUCAAUUUUUGGCUUCCAUUGCAGAACCCUCACAGUUUAGUUUAUACCUAAUCCACACCCUGAGCAAGGAGAUUGGAGUUUGAAGCAGUCCCCCUUUUGAUAUCAGUAAAUUCAGUCUCCGCAACUGUAGUGCAGGCCUGAAAUGAAAAGGAAGAUACCUAUGAUCCAUUUCCAUAGGCUCUCUUGGUUUCCCCCCCUAUUUGUUUUAAACUAAGACUUAAUCUCAAAUACCUGCUGAAGGAUUUCAAUCUGCAUUACAUUACUAAUAUCUCUGUGAUUCUCCAUUAUGGUCAGUUCACAAUCAGUCUCUUUCAGAUUUACUCAAACCUGUAAUUCCAGGUUGACCUGAAUGUAUAAGUACUUCCUGAUAUUGUUGGGUUUUUUAUAUGUAAAUAGAGUAUCAAAUUGAGAUGCUGUCGAGAGUAGAUAACUAACCUUCAGCCACAGACAGACAGAGACCGACAUCAUACGUCAAAGUUCAGAUACUCAGCAUUAGAGAACUGGAAUGUAAUACACAUACAUACAAGUGCAGUUUAGUCACAGGAUCCCACUUUGGUGCUAUAAGAAAACACAUUUGAAGAGAUUUUGUUGUCAUAUCUACUGAUUUUAGUAUUUAUGGGAGAGUUUCUCUGAGCCCUCAUGAAAUAUUGGGGGCAUUUUGCGAUUUACUCACGAGACUGAGAGCGAGUGGAUAUUCAAAAGAUCCCACCAGAGCAGAGACACAACAGUAGGAUUGUAAAAGCUGUCUGUUUUGUCUCAUUGACUUUUAACUCUUACUACAGAAAAUCUUUGGACACUCUACCAAGGAAUUAAAGUCCUUAGAAUCCUGAACUUGAAAAAUAAUUGGACCUGUUUAGACAGAUGUACCUCUUAACUCCUCCUCUUCCUCUGAUUGGAGGAGCCAGGCAAUGUCUGUGCCUGUUUCGUUGAAAGGAGCUCAGGUUGUCAUACCUCAUGUUUGUGAAGAAGGAGAAAGAUUUCCAGUUUGUAUGCAGUGCAGCAAAGUCUUGGGUGCAUUACAGAUGCCACCUCGUUCACGUCGCAGUUAAUCCCUGUUUGCGUCAGACUGGCAGCAGAGGUGCGGUUGAGGUAGUGAACGAGAGACUAAAAUGACACAGCUUUUGUAACCUGUCUGAACUCAUUCGAAGGCCAGAGGAUGCUACUGUAAUGACUGUCGACCUUCAGCCUUCUUCAGUAAAGCGGCACCGCUGAGAGGCAGGCUAACUGAUCAUAAUUCUGCUUCCUUUGAGAAACCAAACUGCAGGCCGUAGCGUCAGACGCACAGCUCCGUUUGCCCAACGUUCUAAAGCAUUGCUGGAGAGUUUCACGAGCCCUCCACCUUUUCCACUGAUCAACAGGUCAUCAGUUGCACAGACUGCUGAUGAUAGUUACUCAUUAGUUAAUUCCACAGUUGUACACUGCAUCAAAACAUUUGCUGCUAACAGCAUUUUUGGUCUUGCCAGCAAUUGGCUCUUGCAUGGAGAGAAAGCAGGAGCUCCCGUACAGGGCGAGUGAUCGUCUCUGAACCACACUGUGAAUCCAGCGGCCUGACGCCAUCGCAACUAUGGAAUGUACUGUACAUAUUUCACACCAUCGAGAGCGCGUCCACUGAGACACGGCAUGACGGAAUAAAGCAAUGAAACCGAGCGAGCACAAGAACACGGGCCGCGAGGCUCCGCUGUAGGAACGUCUACCUGUAGUUUACCUUGCUCUUUCGCAAGACCAGAGGUCGCCGAGGGUCUGAUUCCCCCCCCGGCGCCCAGGCCUAUCAUUAAUUAGCAGAUCUCCAUUUGAACCCUGGACUUCUAUAUAUAACAACACUGCACAGCCCAAUCUACUGCUGACCUACAUACACACUCUAAAAGACAUUCAUCAUCUCCCUCCAACUACCAGCCCUCUAAUCUACUCGCUAGAGGGGAAGCGGAAACGUAGAAAAAGGAGGGAAGAGAGAGAGAGAGACGGAGAGAGAGAGAGGGCGAGAGAGUAACCUAUUUAUAUCCAUUACAUAAUUGUGAAGAAUAUUAACAUUUUCACAUCUCUCAUGAUUGCUGUUUAAAUACCGUUCAACAUAGCAUUUAACAUGCCAUACGCUUAAUGUUCUCCCAAACUAUAUUUACUAUGUUUCAGUACCAGCCGUGAGACAUCAGGAUCUCAGAGUAAAAAAAAAUAUUACUCAAUACUGUUUGGAGAUCAAACUGUGUACCUGAUUUCAGAAGCACAAGCACUUGGUGCAGCAAUAUGAGGGUAAUAUGAUUACAGAAAAGGAGAUGUCAUUUAUAUUUUGAGAAAAACAGCUUGUUGACACUCAUGACAUUAGGAUUAAUUCUGUCUCUCACUCUCUCUGUGUUGUCCCUCUGUCUUUGCACUACCUCUUUUUCUUCCCUCGUGUCUGGCUCACUUUUCCAGCUUUCUGUUGUCUCUCCUUUCCACUUUCGCUUUCUUCCCCUCCAGGCUGCCGGUCGCCACGGAUGUGUUGUGUGUGUGUGUGGGUGUUUAUUGCAGGGGGCGUGUGUCUCCGCAGGGGCCGAUGGGUAUUCUGCCCUGUCGUGAACACUGUACCUCUGGAUUAAUACGCCACAUAGUCUAACAUUAAUACAUGUGAUCUGAUUCUCGUGCUCUCUGCCUGAUUGAUUGAGUAUUCUACCUUAAACUAGCUAGAACAGGGAAUCUGUGCUCUGAGAGAACGUAGAGGUUUGUAAACCCAAGAACUCUGGGUAAGAAAAAAAAACAAACAAAGAAACAAAAAAAACAAUAAACUUCGGGAGAUGGAUGUGAAUGCCACCUCAAACUCAAACGAUGACGUCACUGUCGUUUGUGCUCUGUGUUCUCUCUCCUCUCUCUGAGAACUAUCGAAGAUCAUUUCUGCAUUUUUCCUUCGUUUUUUUAAAAAUGAAACUGUGGAAUCCGUCGCGUCUCAUGUUCUUUGUGUAUUUUGGUGUAGUUCCUCUAGUUUGUGGUCUAAAUGCAGUCUUGCGCUGUUGGUUUCAGUGUGUGAUUAUCCGUUAUACUCGUGUGGAUGAUGAAAGUGCCAAUCAAGCCUGGUUAAGAUUAGCUUUGCGAUUUGUUUGUGCAUUAGAGUUGCUCUCUUUGGAGUGCUGGUGUCCAUAUCUACGUCAUUGAUAAUUUUAGAUCGACUUAAAAUGUAAAGAACUAUUGGAAGCAAUAUUGUAGCAUGUUGUCAAGUUUUGUGUUUUGUUAUGUCUGUUGUAUGAGCCUUUGGAUUUACUACAAAUUUUGAAUGAAUAGGUUUACAUGUACUUUUUUGUAAUACCGUAAGUUUAAAAAAAUUAAAAAAUGCUGCUAUUUGAUAAGUGAAAUAUACAGAAAUAUUUUAGUUGAGGAAAAAAAAAAACGUCUGGUCUGUUGAUUAGGAUUGUGCUCGUUUUUCGACAGGGGUAUAAACGAGGUGUAUCAAUAUUAAUUACAUAGACGCAGUAAUAAUAGUCAACCUGUGCCAAACUAGACCUUCACAGCUUCUCGACAUGUAGGUGUGUGAUGAAACAUUAGAUAUCGAUAACUUAUUUAGAAGCAUUGAACAAGUGCCAAUCAAUCAAUAUCUUUUAGUUCCAAUGAAAAGAUAAUCAGCGAAGGGAAAAAAAGACAUAGCGCAAUGUUAGCAUUGUUUUGACCCCAUAGCUGCAUAGACUAAGAGAAGAAUUGUUUUAUGCAUCCAUAUGGUUUUAAUACACUCAGUAGAGGCAUCCUGUGCAUUCGUUUGACCUGUGGCUUCCGCACUGCUUUUAAGUCAUAUUGUCUCUGUAGGUCGGCAUGGAGUAGGCAUACACAUGUUAUACGCAUUCAUAACACAGCCAUUUAUGAAAGUGUGUUUUGUGGAUUUAGGUGUUAUCUUUUUGCACGUCUCUAUUGCAUGAUAUCCAAGUGAAUUAUUGAGGGGUGGGAAAUCAAAACAAACAAACAUGAAAAAAAAGAAAAAGAAACGUCUUGCGACGCUCCGAGACACACUUCUGCAUGUGUCGCGAACGGAGCGCUCUUUCUUUCUACCACAUCAUUUGUGUUACUCUGGUUUGUACCGUUUUUCUCGGUCAGAUGGGUGUGGUCUUCUAAAGGCCAGUACACAUAGGCCUAAGAACUGCAGCGUAACCAUGGGAACUGGAGUCAAUCAGGAAUUCAUGAAAGCGAGAGGAUUCCAGUUUACGACGGCGGAAUGUGUACGUACGCGUGAGACUCCAUCUCUCAGCCUCUACUUUCAGGGGGAAAUACCCAUGCAUGGAAACGUCAUUUGAGUUCAGUUUUUUGGCUACGGUCGUGUUUAUUCACAUGAGGAGUUGCGCUCAUCGGUUUCAGACUUCUCUAGUUUCUCAGCUUGAUUCUCCUAACCCCACAUGUAAUUUAUGAAUGUAUUUACAUUUGCAUAAACUGAAACAAAAAUGUUAUUUCAAUGUUAAAUGUCUUUUAGGUGUGAUGUUUACGGCGGAGGUUGUAAAGUUCAUGUAGCUCGAUCAUAUCUGUCAGUGUUAGGAAGGCCCAGAGCCACAUUAGCACCCAAAUUCAUUUCUCUCUCUUCCUGUCUGCUGAUGCAUCAAAUGCACUUUACUGAGCAUUAGGUCCCAUCACAAACACACACAGUGUAACCUUCUACUGGAUGCAAAACUGAACCAAGCAACCUGUUUUUAACAUGGAGAACUUUGACAGAUAUAUUGUUGUUUUUCCUGUUGUUGUGUUUUUAUUCUUUUCCUUCUUUGGUGUUUGUAAAUGAGUUGUAAUUUUUUAAGGGUGUUUUAUUUUUGUAUUUCUGUUCAUUUUGGGGAGGAGAGGUCAGAAGGAGAGUGUGUGAAAUCUGUCUUGCAUUCCACUGUCUCUCCUACUACAUUCCCUUCUGUGUGUGUGUGUGUGUGUGUGUGUGUGUGUGUGUGUGUGUGAGCGCGGGUGAGAUUGUUUGCAUGGGUGUGCGUUCGUGAGUGUCUAAAUAAUGACACACAGACACUCUUGUUACCAUUGUAAUUGCCAACUGUGUGAAGCUGAACUGCUUUGAAAGUGAAAGGUGUUAUUUUUGAUUUUCAAAACUGUACCUUCUGUUCAGUUUAGAGGAAUGGAAAAUAAAUUGCAGAAACCUCUGAAAA